AUGGAUUCAAAGGUGUCUGACUCAUACCUUCGCUAUGCAGAUGUCGCUGUCACAUUCACAGCUGAUCAAUUCAAGGGCAUCUACCGUGGGGGCAAGGUCUACCACGAGCCUGAUAUCCCGCACGUCAUACAACGUGCAAAGGAGUAUGGCUGUGAGAAGAUGAUAUUAACGACCAUGUCUCUCCCCCUCGCGCAUGAAAACCUGCAAUUCGUACGCCAAUUCCCGGAGACAUGCACCAUGACGCUUGGCGUCCACCCUUACCAUGCAAAAGAGAUAUACACCUCUUCUGAAUCUCCAGACUCCGCCGAGUGUACUACCGACAAUGGCACCAAAUACCUAAAAGAACUCCGAGACCUUGCCAACACGCUUCUAGCGGAGCAGAGCGGUGCAUUCGGGUCCCCGCUUGUCGCAUUUGGCGAGAUAGGUCUGGAUUACGAGUACCUCAGCCGCUCGGACAAGACUUCGCAGCAGCGCGCUUUUCGGGAUCAACUGGCCAUUGCGGUUGAACUUCAGCUGCCUCUUUUUCUGCACGUGCGGGACUCUUGUGCUGACUUCACCUCGAUCAUUGAACCCUUUCUGGCAGACCUCCCGCGUCGAGGACUCGUUCAUUCCUUUGCUGGUACAAAGGAGGAAAUGCUCCAAUUAGUUGCUCUCGGGUUCGAUAUCAGCGUGAAUGGAGUGUGCUUCCGCACGGAGGAGCAACUCGAGAUGGUUCGGUGUAUCCCUCUAAACAAGUUACAGCUGGAGACUGAUGCGCCGUGGUGUGAAAUUUUGGAAGAUAAUGAGCGAAUUAAACACUAUUUGGAGGGUGCGAGGGCGCUCCCGCCCAGUAGGAAACAUGGAAAGUUUCGGGUUGGCGAAAUGGUCAAGGGGAGGAAUGAGAGCUGUACAAUUGAGAGAGUCGCCAUGGUUGUUGCGGGGCUGCAGAAGAUUGGAGUUGAAGAGGUUGCCAGGGCUGCUUGGGAGAACAGUAUUAGGAUGUUUGGAUUGGGAGUAAAAUCUUAG